AAGCGAGAGUGAUCAUCCUCGCGUGGUGCUGCGAGUUUGUGAAACAGUACUGCAUGUGCUUUUCCUGACUUCAAUAACAACUUGCUCUGCUAUACAGUCGCAUGUUGUCAUCUCAAGGGAUAUACGUGAUUUUUUUCGUUGAUUUCUGCAACUUGGAAUUGUGUGAAUGUGAAAUAUAGAAAGUGGAUUAUUUAUGGAAUAAUAAUGGAUAAAUAAUCAACAGCCUAUGGCCCACAUGAAUGCAACAACUCUCAAAUACUUGCGGUUUCGAGAUGAACGAGAAGAUGUACAGAAGAAGACUUUUACCAAAUGGAUCAACUCACAGCUGGGCAAGGCGAACAGGUCGGUGAUCGGAGACUUAUUCACAGACCUUAGAGAUGGCACUAACCUGCUGUCUCUAUUGGAGGUUCUCAGUGGAACCAAACUGAAAAGAGAGAAAGGGAAACUCCGUGUCCACCACAUCAACAACAUAAACCAGGCCUUAUCUCUCCUGGAAAACAACUUCAGUAUAAAGUUGGUGAACAUCAGCAGUAAUGACAUAGUGGAUGGUAACCCGAAACUGACCCUCGGACUUGUCUGGAGUAUCAUUCUACACUGGCAGGUGAAGGAUGUUAUGAAGGACCUGAUGGAUGAUCUCAAACAGACCAACCUGGAGAGGACCCUACUAACCUGGUGUAGGCAAUCCACACUCGGGUACAGAAAUGUAGAGAUCAAGAACUUCACAUCGAGCUGGAGGUCUGGACUGGCCUUCAAUGCCCUUCUCCACCACUUCAGGCCAGAGUUAUUUGAGUACAAUGACCUUUUAACCAAUGGCAAUGAGAAGAAUUUAGACCAUGCCUUCAGCAUUGCUCAUGACACACUUGGUAUUGACCGUCUGCUUGAUCCUGAGGAUGUGGAUGUGGAGAACCCAGACAAAAAGUCUGUGAUGAUGUACCUGAUGUGUUUUUUCCAAGUUCUGCCCCAUAGUAACAUUACCCCUACUGAGGACGCUCCCAUCACACCUUCUACAGCUAACUCCACCCACUCCGCCAACUCAACCAACUCAGCCGACACCUUCACCUUCACGGAAAAAAUCACCAAGUCUGAGACGGCUAUGUCCCUGAGUAGUUCGUCCAGUCACCAUAGCACAAUGAGUUCGGCAGCAACGUCUGUCGACCUGAUGUCAUACCAAGAUGACAUGGAAAAUGUUUUAACUUGGCUCCUUGAAGCUGAGGAAACCAUGGAGAAACAAGAACCAAUUGCAACAGUCGUGGGCAAGGUCAAGGAACAGUUCAACCAACACGAGGUGUUCAUGUUAGAACUGACAAAACACCAGGACAGCAUAGGUCUUGUGGUCAAGGAAGGAAAUGACCUGAUUUCUGAGGGAAAAAUACUGGAGGAGGAAGAGAGCGAGAUCCGAGUACAGAUGGGUUUACUCAAUCACCGCUGGGAGGACCUCCGCAUGAAGACUAUACACAGACAAAGCUGUUUACACAAGGCAUUGAUGGAACUCCAACAGAAACAGUUGGAUGAGCUUGCUAGUUGGAUGGGCCAAACUGAGGCUGGCAUUCAAAACCAGGAACCAAUCGGAUCCGACUUGACAGCUAUUAGAAAACAAGUGGACGACCACAGGAAACUACAGGAGGAGUUGGAACAGCAACAGAUGAAGGUUGACAACCUGCGGGACAUGGUGGUCAUUGUGGAUGACGACAACACAGAGCAAGCCUAUGAGGUGAUGGAGAACCAGCUUCAGAGCCUGGGAAAGCGAUGGGCAAUCAUCUGUAACUGGACAGAGCAACAGUGGCUCCUCCUACAGGAGGUUCUUCUCAAGUGGCAGCACUUCUCUGAAGAGCAGGCAAUGUUCUCUGAUUGGCUGGCCGAGAAGGAGUCUGUACUCAGUAAGAUGAGAGAGUGUGACCUUAAUGACCCUGACAAGGUCAUAACACAGGUCAAGGACUUAAAGGCCAUAGAAACUGAUAUGGUGGAACAAGUCCAGAGAUUUGAUGAGCUAAAUGAAUGUGGACAGCAGAUUGUCCAGUAUGUGGAUAAUGAGCAGACUGUUCAAGAGAUAAGUUCUCAACUAGAGGGCUUCCAGGAGAGGUGGGAGAAACUCGUACGCCAGAUGGAGAUGCAGAGCAAACAGAUUGCGGGAUCCGGAGUAGAAUUGAGUAAGGUGUCAGAGGAAAUGAUGUCAGAAUUUUCUACAGAGGGACCAUUGAGGUCACCUACAGUGUCAUCAGCCAAGAAACGAAAGGUUGACACUGCUACACGUAAGGAAUAUGAUUUUGAGAUGACAGAGAUCACCGCCUGGUUUGAAAAGACAGAAUCUGCACUGGAGAUGUUGACGAAGGAUGACGCAUCACUCUCCCCACAGGACAAGUUCACUGUAGAAGAACAGCUGGUCCUGGUACAGGAUACAGAAAAUGAUGUAAAGGCCCACUCAGCAGAGGUGUACAAAGUUCUCUCCCUUGGUAGAAGUAUGCUGACAGAAUUCAAGAUGUCUGGCGAACCGUUUGACGUGCUCCAGAAGUCAAUCACUGAGCUAGACCAGCGUUGGGAGCGGCUCCACAGGCUGCUAGCGGACACACAGGUACAAGUCGACCUCAACAUGGAGACCAAGAAGUUCUACGACGACCUUCAUACCCUCCAGGAACUGAUGGGCAGCUAUGAAAAAUGGGUGGGCACAGCUGAACACACAGCCGAGGAAGCCACAGAGAUCACCAAACAGCUGGAACAGUGUAGGGUCAAGUUAAAAGCUAUGAAGACAAAUGAGGAUCGUGUAGAACAGAUGACAGCCCACGGCAGGUCUCUGGUGAAACGGUCAAAGUCUCCUGACCAAAUGAGCACAGAUUUGGACUCCUUUAAUGACCGAUGGGAAACGGUUUACAGUAAAAUAAGUAAACGCCAGCAGAAUCUGUCAGAUGCCCUGGAGAAAGCGCCACCUAGAACCUACCUGGAGGCAAUGGGGGCCCUGCUUAAAUGGCUCAGUGAUAUGGAGUCUGUUCUAGAGACUGAGAAAUUUGUCAUCACUAAUGUUGAAGUGCUUGAUACCCAACUCCAGCAAUUCAGGUCCUUACAGACAGACCUACAGGAUCACAUCAGUAGUCUGGACUACAUUAACAAGACCGGUCAAGAUCUCCUAUCAAAGGCACCAACUGAGGACAAGGCUCGCAAACUGGACAGGGACCUAAAGGACCUGAACACUCGCUGGAGUCAUGUCUCCUCCGUCAUAGAUGAACGCUUGGAUAAGCUGGAGAGGGCAAUUGGUCAGCUGAAACAGUACCAGAACCAGACGGUGGGACUAAACAGAUGGAUGGACGAGAUGGAAGUGUUCCUUCACGCUGAGGAUCCCGCCACUGGUGACAUUCCCACUCUGGUGGCUCAGAUGAACGAAAGCAACGGUGUUUUGGAAGACAUCAAGACACUUCAACAGAAUAUCAACAGCAUCAGCGAACUUCAUAAACAGUUGUCGGACAACAUCAACCCACAGUUCGGAGACAAAAUGACAACAGAUGUCAAAACACUCAACGACAAGUGGAAUCAGACCGUAAGUCUGGCCGAGGAACAGAACAGGCGCCUGAAGGUGGCUCUGAAUUCCAGUCAGGACAUCCACGACCGAAUCAAGGCUCUCACGGACUGGCUGGAGCCCAUGAAAGAGGACCUGUCUAAUAAGGAUUACGCCGUUAACAAUGCAAAUGACCUUCUUGUAAAGACAAAGAAGUUUAAGUACCUCAAGACAGAUGUAUCUAGUAGAGAGGAGGAAGUCAAUCAGGUGAAUGAGGAGGCCAAUGAGAUGCUGAACAAGGCUCCAGCAGGCUCACUCCAAGACCUGGCCCGUGCUCUGAUGAGGAUGAAUGCUCUGUGGACUGAUGUAUAUAACAGGGUGGACCACUACUCACAGCUGUAUUCCUCCUCAGACUCACAGUGGAAACAGUUCAAAGGCCUUCAGGAUGAUGAGAAGCGACAGUUCAUGUCUUUGGAAGUCAAGCUGAAAAGGUCGAGAGGUGUCAGCUCUGACGCGGAGGAGAUUUCGGAGGAGUUAGAUGGAAUUGAGAUGAGUCUGAGAGAACAUAACAGUGACCGUAAGGCACGGCUCCAGGAACUUGGUCAGCAGUUGAUUGGGAAUUCCAUCAUGUCUAGUGAUAUAAAGAAAGACAUGGAGGAGUACUCCGAGAAAUGGAACCUCCUAGACUGCCAGGCAAGGGAGAGAAUCUACAAUCUGGAACAGUCUAUAAACCAGGCCCAGAGCAUGGAGCGACAGAUCCUAGAAAUGUCCCAGUGGAUGACAGACGUUAGCAAUCUCAUCCACUCACGUCUUGAUGCUGACGUCCUUGCCGGGGAUGUACCAGAAGAGUACGAGUCCCUGAAGGAGGAGUUUAAACAACAAGAGGAUUUACUAGGGGAACUGGAGCAACAGGCACAGAAAUACAAAGACCAGGGCAACCUAGAGGGUAGUGCUCGUCUGGAAACCCAGAUAGAUAUUCUCAAGAAACAUUUUGCUGAUGUGACAGUAACAUUUCGUAAGUUUCAACGGCCAACAGACUUUGAGCCGAAGUUGAAUCGAGUGAAACGGGACUUGAGCGGUAUUGGGGAAAGGAUACAUUUGUUGGAGAUCCAAACAGAGGAUCCCGAUGUUUUACAAGCCAAGCAUGACCAGUGUAUGAAAUUUUACCGUAUGAUGAGUGACCUGAAAGGAGAAGUGGAGUAUGUCAUAAAAACUGGACGACAGAUUGUGGACAAGAAACAAGUGGAGUUUCCUGAUAAACUGAACAAACAGUUAGACGCAAUAAAACAGCAGUAUAACGACCUUGGCUCCCAGGUGACCAAAGGUAAAACAAAUCUUGACAAGUCCCUAAAGCUGUGCAAAAAGCUUAAAAAAGAGGUGACAACUGUGAAUGACUUCCUGGUUUCCGUUAGCAACCAGUUGGACCAACGAGAUGGGGCUGGUUCAAGUGAGAACCUGGACACUGAUCUCAAUUACGUACAGUCUGUACAAGAGGAGAUGCAGAAACGCCAGACUAUGCUGUCCAGCAUGCGUGACCUUCUCACCCAACUCAACUCCUAUGCGGAGGAGCCACUGACCGAUGCCCAGACCACACUGGACAAUCUGAGUGAGAAGUGGUCACAAUUGACCCUCCGUCUAGCUGCCCGUAGGGAGCAACUUCAAAAGGAGUUAUCUGACCUUGAGACGCUAUUUGUGGAAUUUCAGAUGUCCUUGAUGAAGGUCAAGGACUGUUUAGCAAGGACGGAGGGAGUGUUGGAGGAGCAUGAGAAGCUACCGACGCAGCAGCAGGCUUCCGAACUACAGCGUGAAAAGAUGAAGAAUUUACAGGUAGAGCUUAACGAGUAUGCCAGCCAGGUGGACGAAGUUCGGGAAACAGCCAUACAGUUGAUUAACAAGAGUGACCGCUACAAUAGUAUGGUAGAGCCUGAACUGACCCAUCUAAACCAACGCUGGGAGGAACUCACCAGCAAGGUCAAGGCAAAACAGACUUUUCUAGUGACUGAAAGUGUCGUUGAAAUAACAAGGACAACUGUAACCACGAUUUCAUCAGCUUCUUCAUCGACAUUCACAUCUUCAUCUAAUGAAGAUAAACCACAGGAGGUGGUUCCAGAGACAAUGGAACAAGUUUCGGUGGAAAGUACUUAUAAAUCUCCCAGUCGUGAUCUUAGCCCAAGGUCACCGACACGGGAGUUGAAAUCUCCAGAUAGAAUGUCUUCUCGAUCACCCAGUCGUGACCUGGUGUCACCAGACAGAGAACUGAGGUUACUGACUAAGUCUCCAGACCGUGACCUUAGGUCACCUGAUAGAGACCUAAGGUCACCCGACAGAAUUCCAAGGUUGUCACCUUUGACCCCUGAUAGGUAUAUUGGCCCUGUGAUGACGGACGAGGAGUUUCAGACUUUGUAUGACAGUGUUCUCAAGGAUGUGGUUAUUUUCGACAACAGUGUUGUGUGUAAGGGGGAAAUUCAGCAGUCGGAUGUGAUAGGAAAGCUGGAGGACAAUGCGGCGAAACUGGAGAUGGAGACAGAAAAGUUACAAACCGAUGUAAACAAAGUGUCUGACCAUGGAAGACAACUGGCACAUGCCAUAGACUUGGCUGACCAUGACAAGGCCAUCCGAAUCUACCGACAGGUGGAGGAUUUAAAGUCCCGAUGGGGAGCUAUCAAAUCUACUGCCGAGGCCAAGAGAAAGUCAAUGAUUGUGAUAGCACCCCAGUGGUACCAAUUCAAACGGGAGACACAGGAUUUGACCAUUUGGCUGGACAAUAUAGAGCGUAGGCUUCGAACAGCUCGAGUCCAGCAGGAGGACAUGAAGGCAUUUGAAGAUGAGCUCAAACGACGCCAGAGUAAGGUUGACUCCAUCAGCCAGAAAGGUGAAGAGCUUCGCCAAGAGGGCGCUGCAGCCGUCUUGGAACCGGAACUUGCAGGUUUGAAUAAGAGACUUGCGGAUGUCAGUAACCAGGUGGUACGGUACCGACAGCCUGUUACAGAGGAGGUAACUCAUGCAGAUUCUGCGUUUAGCACAAGGUCAAGGGCACCGGUCAUGAUGACUGCUCCUACGGCAACAUCAGGGAGGUCACCGACACAGUUCCUCGACAGCCUUCACAAGAUCUUAGAUCAAAUCGCAAACAUUCAAGGAAUGCUGCGAUCUCCAGAGCUACACAGUAAAGACUUUGAGAAUCUCUCCCAUCAAGAAAGGCUUCUCAAGAAGGUGAAGGAAGCACUAAACCAGGUACAGCCCGUUGUGGAGGAGGCAGAGCGAGGCCGACAGGACGUUUUACCCCACUGUAGUGGGGAGGAGGUGGGCAGGCUAAGGCUGGACAUGGAACAGGUCAUGGCCGAGUGGAGACAGGUCAACGAUACCUAUAUCACUAGUCACAGGCGUUGGUCCAAAGCUGCUGACCAGUGGAGACAGUUCAAUAAUGAGAUGACCGAGCUGAGAGGCUGGCUGGACGAUGCGGAGAGACAACUCCGGAUGCUGGCUGACUCCGGAGACCGAGAUGCCAUAUAUAAUCAGCUGGAAAGUGGGAUAAAGAACCAACAAGGUACGGUCAACAGUAUGAACGCUUCUGGCAACGAGAUAAUCCGUCAAUCUGCAGCCAUAGACGCAGCUACUCUUAGGGGCAAACUCGAGUCCCUGAACCAACGCUGGAAAAAUAUCUGUACCGCUGUUCUGGAGCGGCACGAUCGGUCUGAGACAGAGAGUGUUAAAACAGUAGAUUUUACUUUUGACAUGGAUGAGUUAUUUUUCUGGAUAGAUGAGACUGAAAAUAUUCUGUCCACUUUUGUGAUAUUGGAAGAGGAUGCCUUAGAGGAACUCCUGGAAAAGAUGAGGGACCGGGAGGAUGAGAUUUCUACAAAACAACAGAUUCUAGAUGCUAUUAAUAGAAAUGGCCAUUCCAUGCUAAAACAGGAAUCUAUGUCUGUAGAAGACAAGGAAAACAUCGGAAAGGAUCUAGAGAAUCUCACUACUAGGUUUGCCAAGGUUUCGAAUGAACUGCCUGACCAGAUCAAGGUGAUGGAGGGACGACUACACAAACUACGUACAUUCCAACUAGAGAUCGAUGAACUACAGACGUGGCUCGAGUCCACACGACAAGUACUCGAGUUACAACAGAAACCGUCCGGUCUGGAUGAGACGGACGCCAUCAUCCUUGAUCACCAGCCGACCCCUGAGGCCCUGGUGGUGCGACAGGCCAAUGUGGAUAACCUUAACCUGCGUUACAGUCAGUUGAUGGAAGAGAGUGCCCAGGAUGAGAUCAUCGUCCCGGAUACCAUCCAGCAACAACUCAACAACCUCAACGCUGAUUGGCUGUUAGUAAAACAACUCACAGAAAAUGUGAAACCUCCUGUAGAGGUCAAGGUCGAGGAGGUACUCAAACAAGUAAAAGUUAGUCAGGUGGAGCUACACCAGAGUACAACCAAGACGACACAAAUAGAACUUCACCAGACAUCGCCCUGGCCUGACUUUGACAAGUCCCUGGCAGAGCUCCGUGAUUGGCUGACACUUCUGGAGAGAAUGCUGAAGUCACAACGUGUCACAGUCGGCGACAUCAAGGACAUUGAACAGAUGAUACAGCGCCAGACGUCUCUCCACCUGCAGUCCUCAGACAGCGACAGCAGUUUGAAUCUGUCGGAACAUGACCUUAGUGCCGUCGACCUUGACCUUGGCGAUGCUCAGGCACUUGUACAUGAUAUGUCUCAACAGCUCACGCACCUACAGAACGUAUUACAGGAUAUGGAGACAAAACGACCACAACUCGAGGACUUGCUCAAUGCUGCAGAAAGUCUUCAGAAAAAUGCCAGUGAAAGUGAGCGCAGAACUCUAAAGGAACGAGCUGAGAAGUUGCGGGAACAAUGGGAUGAGGCCUAUGUCCGUGUGAAUCGACGGAAGAACCAGUUGGAUGACAUGCUUCUGGAAUGUCGUCAGUUUGACGAGAUACAUGCAGAAUUUGAGCGCUGGCUUUUACAGGUGGAGGAUGAACUGGAAAAAAAUCCAGUAGAUCCUCGUGCCCAAGAUGUGGAUCAGCAGAUUGCCCAGCAACAGGCUCUACAAAAGGAGGUUGACGAGCGACAGAGAAUUAUAGACAAUGUCAAGAAGCUAGCGAGCAAGCUGAUUGACGAGUAUAGUCAUGAUGACACAAGUCACGUGAGACUUCAGCUAGAGAAGGCCAUGAACCGAUGGUCAACGCUAUUACAUAAGCUAGCAUACAACAUCAAGACACUGCAGAACAACCGAAACUCUAUUCAACAACUGGACACAACGUUGGACGGUUUCACCCACUGGCUGGGAGGUAUAGAGAACAGCUACCAACGCCUGUCUGACGAAACCUGCAAGGAGGAAGUACGACAGAACGAGGACCUCUGUAGAGAGUUCCUGGAACAAUUCAGGGACCUUCAGGCAGAAGUUGAUGCUAAUAAGAGUACAUACGACUCUCUAAACACUGCUGGGAAUCAACUGGCUCGCAACAUGGUGGCGACCGACGCACAAAAACUCCAUCGACGUCUGGAGGAGAUGAACCAGCGAUGGAUCAACCUUAUGACAAAGUCCAUGGAAAUAAGGGGUAGACUCGAAAGUAACGCAGAACAAUGGCUCCACCUAGUAAACACACUGCAGGAUCUGAUUGGCUGGCUUUUGACCAAACAACAAGAGCUUCACAAACAACGACCAAUCGGAGGGGACCUUUUAACUCUUCAAAAUCAAAGCGAAGAAAACAGGAGAUUACGCCGGCAGUUGGAUACAAAGCGACCAAUCAUAGAGCAGAGUUUGGAGGCAGGGCGUCAUUACCUGAGAGAGGAAGGGGAAGACAAACGACUCAGUACCGAUAGUGGUGAAAGUAGUGAACAUGAGGAAGUGCCGCCUACUGAAACAUCACCUGAAAAAGAGGCUCGCCAUUUAAUAAAGAAAAUCCGUCGUCAAGUGAGACUGCUCAACAGGAAGUGGGUGGAAAUUAACCAAGGGUGUAAUGAGUGGCAGGCUAGGAUAGAGGAAGUCACGGAGAAAAUGGUAGUACUUCAAGAUGGCUUAGAAAACCUUAACAGUAGACUCAGGGAAGCUGAACAGGAGAAAACAAAAUGGCCACCAAUAGCAGACAUGAUUAUAGAAAAUCUACCUACAGAAAUAGAAAAUAUAAAGUCAUAUCAGAAGACGUACGCACCUAUCCAGGGUCAGGUGGACAGUGUUAACGACCGCGCCAAUGAACUCCAAAACCUCAAAGUAAUACUCAAUCAUGUCAACGUCCACCGACUGGAAGACUACAACACUCGAUGGCAGGAACUACAGAUAGCGGUGGAGGAUCGCCUUAGAGACCUGCAAGAAGCUCUUCGGGACUUCGGCCCUGAUUCACAACACUUCCUUUCAGUGUCCGUAGAACAGCCUUGGGAACGAGCUGUGUCCGGAAAUAAAGUGCCUUAUUAUAUCAAUCAUACGACAGAAACUACCCACUGGGACCAUCCAAUGAUGACCGACCUUAUGCAAGCCUUAGCGGACCUUAACAACAUAAGAUUUGCUGCCUACAGGACGGCCAUGAAACUCAGGAUGUUACAGAAGAAACUCCGGUUGGAUCUUCUCGCCAUCAAUGUUGCUGUGGAAGCAUUUGACCACCACAACUUACGGGGUCGUAACGACAGUCUUAUGAACGUUAUAGAGAUGAUUAACUGUCUGUCCACUAUGUACGACAAUGUGUCAGUAGAACAUCCGGAUCUUGUCAAUGUUCCACUCUGUGUCGAUUUGGUGCUUAACUGGGUGCUCAAUGUGUACGACAUAGCAAGGAGUGGGAAGGUGCGAGUUCUCUCCUUUAAAGUGGGUAUCAUCCUUAUGUGUAACGGCCACUUAGAUGAUAAAUAUAGAUUUUUGUUCCGGUUAAUAGCUGACACCAAUGGUUUCUCCGACCAGCGGCGACUCGGCCUCCUCCUCCACGACAGCAUGCAGGUACCUCGGCAGCUAGGAGAGGUGGCAUCCUUCGGAGGCAGCAAUAUAGAACCAAGUGUCCGCAGCUGUUUUGAAAAGGCCAAUGGUCGACCAGAAAUCCAGGCCACACACUUCCUAGAAUGGCUCAAGAUGGAGCCACAGUCCCUGGUGUGGCUUCCGGUGCUUCAUCGCCUCGCAGCUUCCGAAACUGCCAAACACCAAGCCAAGUGCAAUAUUUGUAAAGAAUUUCCAAUAGUUGGCUUUAGAUACCGAUGCCUUAGGUGCUUUAACUUUGAUGUUUGCCAAAACUGCUUUUUCUCAGGAAGGAAAGCCAAGACCCAUAAACUUUCACACCCUAUGCAAGAAUACUGUACCGCAACAACCUCAGGAGAAGAUGUCCGAGAUUUUACUAAGAUGUUAAAAAAUAAGUUUAAGACAAAGAAACAUUUUAAGAAACAUCCUCGUCUUGGUUUCCUCCCAGUACAGACGGUGCUUGAAGGUGAUGUUCUUGAAAGUCCAUCACCAUCACCCCAACAUAGCAUAUCAUCACAGGACAUGCAUUCCCGCCUUGAACUUUAUGCAAACAGGUUGGCUGAAGUGGAGCAGAGACAGGCUUCGUCCACUCCCGACUCCGAUGACGAGCAUAACCUGAUUGCCCAGUACUGCCAAAGUCUUAACGGAAAUACUUCCCAUACACUGAAGAGUCCAAUGCAAAUCAUGAUGGCAGUAGAUUCAGAUCAGAAGUCGGAACUGGAGGCCAUGAUCAAGGAUCUCGAGGAGGAAAACAAGACACUACAGCAAGAGUACGACCGCCUGAAACAAGCUAAUGAACUACGAGAAAACGGCAAUGGAUUGGAGGAGGUAGAUGAUGACAAUAACAGCAAUGUUGACAUGGAUGCUGAAAUGAUUGCUGAGGCCAAGUUACUGCGUCAACACAAGGGUCGUCUGGAGUCGCGUAUGAAGAUCCUAGAGGACCACAACCAGCAGCUGGAAGCCCAGCUUACACGCCUCAAACAACUUCUUGACCAGCCCACACAGGACCAGAGUCUGGGAUCGUCUAUGCCCACCACACCCUCCUCCACGGAAUCUGACAUACAGCAGCCCCCACCCCCUCGUUACAGGUUCAGCCCUCAGCUGGAGUCUACUCCUCAAAUGAAUGGCCACAGCCACACAGCAGAAAUGCCCAGUAAAGAUGAAGUUGGGGACAUCAGUGACAUCAUCUCGGAACCCAAUGGCAGUAUAACGGAGGACAAAUCAAGAGGUCCCAACAAGGUGGGAAACCUGUUCCACAUGGCUGGCGAAGUGGGCAAGGAGGUCGGGCGCCUGGUCACUGUGAUGACCGACGAGGAGACUGCUGAGGCUGAGGCCAGAGAUGCAGGUUCUGCACAAGCCCAGACAAGCUAGAGGUCAUCACCAUAGCAACAUGUCAUUGAUCUCAAAUCUGUGUAUUACACCUGUGUUAAGGACAUGGGUGUUGUCCUCGUCAUACCUGUCCUGAGAAUCAUAUUUCAUCAAAACAUACAAACACCUGUACAAGACGCGUCAUUGUGUGUAUCCGUCAAUAUGUGAAAAUGUGAUCAUUCUAGCCCACACUGAGAUCAUGCCAGCCUUUUCAUGGACAUAUUAAACUUUUAUGUUGGGCGUAUGUGAACAGAAAGUAAUUUUCACUAUCAUCACCAUGUUUUCAUAUUUUCUCUGGUGGAUGAAAGAUAUUGAAAUGAAUACAAAAAUGUGUGUGCUGUAAUAUUCAAAACACACGAAGAUGUUACCACAUGAAAUUGUGGAUAUUAAUAUCUUAACUGAUUUGAUCAGAUUUAUCUUUGAGCUUUCUAUAGAAAAAAAGGACAGGAUAAACAUUUCCCAAAUCAGAUUCAGUCAAAAAUUUCAAAUGCCAAAGAAAUAGGCUAGUCCAAUUUAGUCCUAGGUAGGUAAAGAGAGGGUCAGCUUGUUGUUGUGAUACUGAAUCGUGAUUACAUACUGUGAUGCCACUUGUGUCUGGAUUAAUCUUAAAAUGUAGAAAGCUCUAGCUCUUCUGUCAUUUACAUAUGUGAUACCUUCAUAUAAUGUGCGAGUGUGUGUAUGCAUGUUACUUUUUGUAAAAACACUGCCAAACAUGUUUUUUCAUAAGUGAAAUAUGUUACCAUGGUAACCAUAAAAAGCAGAGAAUCUACUGAAAUAUUCACUUUCCAGAGUUUUCUCCCCUUAGAAAAUAAUUAGAAAUAAUCAGAGGCACACGGCGAAAGUGCAGACAUUUUGAUACUUUAUAUACGACGUGCCAUUGUUCUUCCAAUAUUGUGUGAAAUUGCCAAACAAUCUACAUAUGUAUAUGAAGCAAACUUGUGUGAUGUUUGCUGUCGUCAUAGUGAAUCUGAUCAGAGGUCAGACAUUAUCAUUUGACUUAAGGUUUGAAUUGAAGGCAAAAUAUAGUACUUUGACCUCAGAUUUCAGGUGAAAGGUCAAUCAUUUGGUCUAAGAACCAAAGAGUUGAAUGAAGGGUCAGAAUGAUAUUGUAUGACUGUAGAUGUUGGUCUUUGGUCUAGCUUUGAUCCAACCUCAGACUUCCAUGUGUAUAGAUAAAAGAUAUGUAAAUAUUUGUAAAGAAAAAUAGAUCUUUCGUAAUUUAUAUGGAGUGUGCCGAGACCCAUUAUAAUUUCUGGGUACAUCAGGACUAAACAAAAAGGUUGUGUUUAUCUAUACCUAUGUAUGAUAGUAUAAUGUACUGAGUGUUUGUGUGUGUAUAUAUGGACCGGAGUGUAAGGAACCUUGUAUAAAUAGAUUGUACAGAUCCCCUAUCAUUGAAUUCAUCAUCGUUCACAAGGUGAUUUCAUUACAGAACAACUCCCCCAAUUAUAUAGACCAAAUGCAUUUUUCCGUUGAUAUUUUAAAUUUUCCAUGCAUUUUAUUUUGUAUCAAGUCCGUCUGUUAUCAGCUUGUUAUUAAUGUAUAACCAAGCCUUUGUUACUAUAGGGGAAACCUGUCGUCCCAGAGUUAUCUCCCUUAGACUGUAGUUACUGAAUAACACAACUUUUGAGUCACAAAUGAACAUUUAUUGGAAAUAUUAUUAGUAUUCAGAUAUUAGAGGAUCACUUUAUGGUGCUAUGUUAAUUGUGUAAGUAUUUACUGACCAAAGGAUCAGUGACAAAAAUGCUAUGCUUCAUUAUAAAUAUCGAGUUCUAACAUAACCUUUCAUAUUACGGAAUUUCUGACACGUUAGAGAUAGUUAUUUGUAUAAGUUGGCUAAUUACCAACAGAACACUUUGUUAACAUUCACAAACAGCAUUUAUAAUCUUUGAACAUUUCUUGUAAUACUAUGAUAUUCUUGUUUAAUGAGCUGUGCUGGACAGUCAGUUUUCCAAGUCUAGGUAAUAUACUGACCAGCUGUUUAUUGAAAAUAUCACAUAGUAUUGCUCUAUAUAUUAUUACAGGAUUACAAUAACAUAGUAUACUGAUACGUCUUAAAUACUGACAAAUACUCUCCUAUAGUCUGUAGCCGACUCUGUAUUCAGGAAUGGUCAUUCAAAUACUCGCUCGUUCCAGACAUAUAAAUUCAGUCAAUUAAUUCAAGUGUAUGUGCUUCAUAUAGACACAUUUUAGGGGGCAGUAAUAUUUAGGUGGUUGGCAUGGCAGGAGUUAUUUGAUUGAAAAUUUGUGACUUAUCUCCUGAUACCUAAAUUUUAUAGUAAAAUCAUUAUUGGGGCUAGUCAGCCCCUAGCUUUAAACUAUGAAGGGAAGCGUUUUCCAUUUAAAAUUGUAAGUGUAGACACCGUCAAUAUCAACUGUAGAGACAAACAGUUCUGUUGAGUAUCCAACCAUGAAACUCGUCAUCAAGAAGUUUGAAAGUAGACUAUUAAAAAAUUGUGAUGAUCUAUAUUUAUGCAUUUUAAGUGAUAACAGCUAUAUUAUAUACAAAUAUAAUGUAUUGUUAUGUACACAAAUGUUCAAAAAGAAAUAUUCAAACGUCUUAUUAUAACUAACACUAUGUACUUAGAACAGGGAUACAACAGGAAUUCCCUCCAUUUAAAAUGAAGCUUUAAUCUUGGGUUGUGGUAUCUGUGUUAGCCUCUAGUGUAUUCACUGUGACUGGUGGCCUAUAUAUUUCCACUCGUGACAACUUUACAUCCUGAACUACAAGUUUUCUAAACGAGUACAAACCUCUGUACCUUAGAGGUUCUGUAGUCUGUUUUACCCUCGGCAAUUUUUUACCCACUCAGAUCUAGUAGUAUUGGAAUGUAGAACUAUUAAAUUACCUCCCCUUAUAUCAUACAAGCUUCGUACUGUAUACAUUUGUUAAGUUAUACAAAUUAGCAAAAUGCUAAAACUGAAAUAAAACAUAUAGAUUUUAUACGAGAAAAAAUAAUAAAAAAUUAUAUUUGAAUGUAAA